AUGUCGUCUCAAAACCACGGAGCUGAGCUCUGCCUUAAGUUCAACUUCUGUCCACCAGCCACUCUUUCAAUCUCUAACCCCUCGGCAUCACCUUUGAAGCUGAUCGCCACCAUCCACCAAACCUCCUCGGUCUUCCCUGAUAGACCCGUUACUAUCUUGACCAAAUACUCAUGUCUCGACACUACGCCUCGUGAGGAUGCGUUCCGCAAGGGCGAUAUGCACUCACCGGAACUCGCAUUUUCCUCCACCCGACAAGUAGAUGGCUCUGCAAAAGUGCUUAACCUCCGGCCCACAAAGCGCAUUACGUUCCACCGGAUAUCAGGCGACCCAGAUCUUGCCAAACGCCCUGAGGAUCCCGAUACCCCUGGAUUCACUUUCAUCACAGUUCCUCCGGUAAGAAAAGGUUCUGUACAAGUUGCGUGGGAGCUCUCUGCUGAACGGCUUAUGUCGAGUCUCGGCGACGACUCAACCUCGCUCCAAGAAAAGCUUGAACAUUUUCUACGAGUCGGCGACACCUACCAUGUCUGGCCCGGCGAUCUUUCGAUUCGAUGGUGGUCAUUUGGCUCCUUGGAAGACCUGGAAGGCUUGAAAGGCAAGAAAAUCUCGCGCUUCAGCUUUUCUGACGAUCUGGGGUUGGAUAGGGAAAAGGGAGCAGAUGAAAGCGAAGAGGUUGUUAGUAAGAUGCAGGAUCCUAUUGAUUUGCAUAACGUGAACAAGUUGUCUUCGAGAAGCGCCGUGGAAGGAGAAGAGAAGCCGGAUAUUAAGAAGAUGAGGGAGGAAGGGUGGGUUUUCGGAGAACCGCCAGGGCUGUUGAAGAUGAUCGCGCAAGACGAAGACAAAGUAGCGACUUUCAAGAUCGUACAGUAA